AUGUCUCGUCGGAGGUUAAUAAUUGAGAACAUUAGUAUUAGUUCGAUAAAACGGCUCCACGACACUACUAUAAGGUAUACCUUUCACAGCUCGAUGAAUUGGGAGACAAUGAAAGCAACACUUUAUCUCGAUGAUGGUUCAUCUUUUGUUGGACAACUUUUUGGUGCCACUAAAAGUGUGGUUGGAGAGAUCGUGUUUCAAACGGGUAUGGUUGGCUACGUAGAAUCUUUGACGGAUCCCAGUUAUGCCAAACAACUUCUCACUCUAACAUAUCCAAUCAUUGGAAACUAUGGGGUUCCAAGUCUUGAACAUAUUGACAAACUUGGAUUGCCAUCACAUUUUGAAAGUGACAGGAUUUGGCCAGCGGCAUUGAUCGUGGACAGGAUUUGUCCCGAAAAUGAACACAGUCAUUGGGAAGCAAUGGAGUCACUCAGUGGAUGGUUACAGGCAGCUGGUGUACCGGGGUUGGCUGGUAUCGACAUCCGAAUGCUUACAAAGAAAAUUAGAGAGCAAGGAACUAUGAAAGCUAAGCUCAUAAUCGAAAGUGAUGACUCAUCAAAAUAUCAAUUUUGUGAUAUCAACGAGCAGAAUCUUGUAGCUGUAGUCUCGCGAAAGGAACCUCAAAACUUCGGUGCUGGCAAUCUGACUGUUGUAGCGGUUGACUGUGGUAUGAAGAACAAUCAGAUUCGUUGUCUGGUGGAUCGAGGUGUUCAGGUUAAAGUCGUACCAUGGGAUUAUCCGUUUGAGAAAGAAGUAUUUGAUGGUCUGUUCCUGUCCAAUGGUCCAGGAGAUCCAGAAAAAUGCUCAAUUCUCGUCAACCGCCUGUCAUCUUUCCUGCAGACGACUGCCAAACCUGUAUUCGGUAUUUGCCUUGGUCAUCAGGUGCUUGCACGUGCUGCUGGCGCGAAAACCUACAAACUGAAAUACGGUAAUCGUGGACAUAACCAGCCUUGUACUCACCAAGGAACAGGACGGUGCUUCAUUACGUCUCAGAACCAUGGAUUCGCUGUAGAUUCCUCCACUUUACCAGCUGGCUGGCGAGCCUUAUUCACGAAUGAGAACGACGCAACGAAUGAGGGUAUUAUUCAUAAUCAGAAGCCUUUCUUUAGCGUCCAGUUUCAUCCGGAACAUACUGCUGGACCGACUGACUGCGAAUUCUUGUUCGACAUAUUCGUAGACUCGAUGAGAUUAGUGAAGAACAAGAAGCAGUGUUGCGUCGAUGAUAUGAUAACUGCAUCCAUCCGCUAUGACUGUAAUUACCAUGUGAAACCUCAGAAGAAGGUGUUGGUUCUCGGAUCCGGUGGUCUUACGAUAGGACAAGCUGGAGAAUUUGAUUACUCGGGAGCUCAAGCCUUAAAAGCACUCAAAGAAGAGGGCAUACGAACAGUGUUAAUCAAUCCUAAUGUAGCCACUGUACAAACUUCAAAAGGUUUUGCAGAUUUCACUUAUUUCCUGCCGAUUACUAAGGAGUAUGUGAUCGAUGUGAUCAAAAAAGAGCGUCCCACGGGAAUUCUGUGCACAUUCGGAGGGCAAACUGCACUCAACUGUGCAAUUGAUUUGUAUAAAGAUGGAAUAUUUGAGCAGUUCAAUGUACAGGUCCUUGGCACACCGAUACAGACAAUCAUGAACACCGAGGAUCGCGAGAAAUUCAGCGAAGAAGUGACAAGUAUUGGUGAACAGGUGGCGCCGAGUAUGGCAGCCACAACGCUGCAGAGCGCUAUAGAUGCAGCAGAAAUGCUCGGUUAUCCAGUUCUUGUAAGGGCAGCAUUUGCUUUGGGUGGACUGGGAUCUGGUUUUGCCAACAAUCGGGCAGAGUUAGUACCAAUUGCACAACAAGCACUUGCUCAUUCUGAUCAAGUGCUGAUUGAUAAGAGUUUGAAGGGUUGGAAAGAGAUUGAAUACGAGGUGGUCCGAGAUGCAUACGAUAAUUGCGUUACUGUAUGUAAUAUGGAGAACGUGGAUCCGCUUGGAAUUCAUACUGGAGAGUCCGUUGUGGUGGCACCGUCUCAAACUCUUACCGACAAAGAGUACAAUAUACUAAGGACUUGUGCGAUUAAAGUGAUUCGACAUUUGGGCAUAAUUGGAGAGUGCAACAUACAGUACGCUUUGGAUCCACACUCGCAUACGUAUUACAUUAUCGAAGUAAACGCUAGACUGUCGAGGUCAUCGGCGUUGGCGUCAAAAGCCACAGGAUAUCCAUUGGCAUACGUGGCAGCGAAGCUGGCACUUGGCCAAAAAUUGCCAGUAAUCAGGAAUAGUGUGACAGGUACAACUACUGCUUGCUUUGAGCCAUCGUUGGACUACUGUGUGGUGAAAAUCCCUCGCUGGGAUCUCGGAAAGUUUGCACGUGUCAGUCAACAGAUUGGAAGUUCCAUGAAAUCAGUUGGAGAAGUGAUGGGAAUCGGCCGAUCGUUUGAAGAAGCUUUUCAAAAAGCACUAAGGAUGGUAAGCGAUCAUGCAGAUGGUUUCUCGCCCUAUACGUUCCCAAGGAUCCCUAAAGAUGAGGACUUAGAAAAACCUACAGAUAAACGUAUGUUUGCGCUAGCUAGAGGAAUGUACUACGGUGAUUUUGAUGUGGAAAAGGCAUACGCUCUCACCCAUAUUGACAAGUGGUUCCUGUACAGAAUGCAUAAUAUUGUGGAUAUCUACCAUAAACUCGAGAAGGAAACGCUGUGGACUCUUUCUGCACAAUUGCUUCUAGAGGCAAAGCAAGCGGGAUUUUCAGAUAGACAAAUUGCGAAGAAAGUUGGCAGCACCGAAUAUAUGGUUCGUGAACAACGCCUACGCUUGAAAGUAACGCCAUGUGUGAAGCAAAUUGAUACCGUAGCUGGCGAAUGGCCUGCACAAACGAAUUAUCUCUAUGUGACGUACAACGGCACUGAAAAUGACGUGGAGUUCAACAUGAAAAAUGCUGUCAUCGUCCUUGGCUCAGGCGUAUACCGUAUCGGAUCGUCGGUUGAGUUUGAUGCAUCGUGUGUGGGAUGCGUGCGAGAACUAAAGGCGUUGGGUUAUCAGACGAUAACUAUAAACUGUAACCCGGAAACGGUCUCUACGGAUUAUGACAUAUGCGAUCGUUUAUACUUCGAGGAGAUCUCAUUCGAGACCGUGAUCGAUAUAUAUCAUAUGGAAAAGCCGAAAGGUGUCAUUCUAGCGUUUGGCGGACAAGCCCCGAACAAUAUUGCGAUGAGCCUUAGCAAGGCGCAGGUUAAUAUCUUCGGUACAUCACCAAACGAUAUAGACAGCGCUGAGGAUCGCUUCAAAUUCAGCCGUAAGUUGGAAGGUCUCCAAAUAAGUCAACCAAUGUGGAAGAAAAGCGACAACGUGGAAGAUGCCAAACAAUUUUGCGCCAAAGUAGGCUAUCCGUGCCUUAUUCGGCCAUCAUACGUGCUUUCCGGAGCGGCUAUGAAUGUGGCUCACAAUGAGGAUGAUUUGGCAGCCUUCCUAAAACAGGCAGCAGUAGUAGCCAAAGAACAUCCGGUAGUUGUGUCAAAGUUUAUUAAUGAGGCUAAAGAAAUUGACGUCGAUGCGGUGGCUAUGGUUGGUGAGGUGUUGGUAAUGGCUGUAAGUGAGCACGUGGAAAAUGCAGGAAUACACUCAGGCGAUGCGACAUUGGUUACACCUCCUCAGGAUUUGAAUCAAGUUACUCUGGAUCGAAUCAAAGAGAUUACUCAUCAGAUUGCUUCUGCUUUCAAUGCAAAUGGACCGUUCAAUAUGCAAUUGAUUGCUAAGGAUAACGAACUAAGAGUCAUUGAGUGCAAUCUACGUGUGUCACGUUCAUUCCCGUUCGUAUCGAAAACAUUGGACUUUGACUUUGUUGCGUUAGCGACGCGAGCGAUGAUGGCUACAGAUAAUCCGGCUAUCGGAAGCUCACUGAAAAAACACUCACUGCUUCGAGGCAAGGGACGAGUUGGUGUGAAGGCACCACAGUUCUCGUUCUCAAGACUUGCAGGCGCGGAUGUAAUGUUAGGUGUGGAGAUGGCGUCGACCGGAGAAGUCGCCUGUUUUGGUAAGGACCGUCAGGAAGCAUACCUCAAAGCUCUCCUAUCCACAGGAUUCAUCGUUCCAAAGAAGAAUAUUUUCCUAUCCAUAGGAGGAUAUCAUGCCAAGUCUGAAAUGUUAAAGAGCGUCCAACUCCUACAAGAAUUAGGAUUUGAACUGUAUGGAUCGAAAGGGACAGCUGACUACUUCCAGUCGAAUAAUAUCCAUGUAAAAGCUGUCGAUUGGCCGUUUGAAGAGGGAUCAUCAGAUGAGAAGACGGCAGCAGGAUCAAGAUCAGUGGCGGAGUUCUUUGAAAACAAGGAGUUCCAUCUGGUUAUUAACUUGCCAAUUCGUGGAUCUGGGGCCUAUCGUGUGUCAGCUUACAGAACUCAUGGAUAUAAAACAAGGAGAAUGGCGAUUGACAAUGGAAUUCCACUGAUCACUGACAUCAAGUGCGCAAAACUAUUCAUUGAGGCCCUCUAUACGGUAGGUCGUCGUCCUUCGGUAAAUUCGCAAAUUGACUGUGUGGCUAGUCGAAGUUUGAAGCGUCUGCCUGGAUUAGUUGAUAUUCACGUGCAUGUUAGGGAGCCAGGAGCUACUCAGAAGGAAGACUGGCAGACGUGCACACGAGCCGCUUUGGCAGGAGGUGUGACUCAAAUUCUGGCCAUGCCGAACACAAAUCCUCCUCUUAUUGAUGCUGAGAGUUAUCAGCUGAUAGACAAGUUGGCAUCUAAACAAGCAGUUGUCGACUACGCCCUUUAUGUUGGUGCGACACCAGAAAACGCUCGCUGUGCUGCGGAAAUAGCCCCUAUGGUUGCUGGACUCAAGAUGUACCUGAACCAGACAUUUUCUACGUUACAAAUGGAUUCUGUUACAGACUGGGUGAAGCAUUUUGAAUCGUUCCCGUCGUCUAGACCAAUCGUUUGUCAUGCUGAAAAACAAACUCUAGCCGCCGUGCUUUGUGUAGCACAGAUGACUGGAAGAGCAGUUCACAUUUGCCAUGUAUCAAAUGCUGAAGAGAUUCAGUUGGUGAGAGAUGCAAAAAGAAAGGGAUGGCCUGUGACCUGUGAGGUUUGUCCUCACCAUCUAUUCUUGACCAUCGAAGACUUACCAGAAGGAGUACGAGAGGUUCGUCCACGACUGGGGACAACCGCUGACAAAAACGCCCUUUGGGAAAAUCUUGAAUUUAUUGAUUGCUUCGCAACGGAUCAUGCUCCACAUACGUGGAUGGAAAAAAGCGAUUCCGAAAAGGUGCCACCCGGUUUCCCUGGCGUUGAAUACAUGCUGCCUUUGAUGUUGACAGCAGUCUCUCAGGGGAAGCUUUCGUUUAGGCAACUUAUGGAUCGCCUUCAUUAUAAUCCCAAACGAAUCUUUGGUUUGCCUGAUCAGGAGGAUACAUAUAUAGAGGUGGACGUCAGCGAGGAAUGGGUGAUCCCUGAUAGCGGUGGCCAAAGCAAAUGUGGCUGGAGCCCGUAUGCUGGUCUAAAAGUCCGCGGACGUGUCCAGAAAGUAGUGAUUCGUGGAGAAGAAGCAUACGUUGAUGGCGAAGUCUAUGCUCGACCAGGAUUUGGGAAAAACAUGAGAAUACUGCAGGCUUCAUCGCUUCGGCAAGGAACACGAGGCAGCUCAAGCAACGAAAUGCUUGACCUGGAUUCAAGUAUACUAAGAGAAUUACAUGUUGUCACUGAGGAAGGACAAAAACAAUUGGGGAAGAGCAUAAGCAGCGACGAGAGUCCAGUACCGGUCCCUGUGCCGAUGACCCCACGAGAAGUAACAACACUUGUCGGAAGCCAUCUGCUGUCUGCGCAUGAACUUGAUAAGAUUACGAUCAACCGUAUUUUCGAUGUUGCUGACCGCUUCCGAACUGAUGUUGAACGACGGCAUACAUUGACCCAUAUUCUUGAGGGUUACGUAAUGGCGUCGAUGUUCUAUGAAGUGUCAACACGAACGGCCAGUUCAUUCUCUGCUGCUAUGCAACGUUUAGGUGGAGCUGUAGUGCACAUGGAUAGCGAGUCAUCAUCUGUUCAAAAAGGCGAGACGCUUGAAGAUUCUGUAACCAUCAUGUCCAACUAUGCUGACAUCGUCGUUCUAAGACACAAAGAGACUGGAGCAGCUGCGCGAGCUGCAGCAGUUUCCUCAAGGCCAGUUAUCAAUGCGGGCGAUGGUGCUGGGGAACAUCCGUCACAGGCCCUACUGGAUGUAUACACUAUUCGACAAGAAAUCGGUACUCUAAAUGGAAUUACGAUAGCUAUGGUUGGAGAUUUGAAAAAUGGACGCACUGUACAUUCACUUGCGAAGUUGCUCUGUGUUUAUAAGGAUAUCACCCUUCACUAUGUCAGUCCUGUACCGGAACUUGGUAUGCCAGAGUCUGUAGUGGAUUAUGUGAACAAAAAAGCUGGAUUUAUACAGAGAUUCUACAGUUCCUUGCCGGAAGGAAUACAGGAUGUAGAUGUGAUCUAUGUUACCAGAAUACAGAAGGAACGAUUUACGAAUGAAGAAGAUUACAACAGAGUGAAAGGAAGCUAUGUGCUAACAGCAAAACUUUUGAAUGCCGCUGCACGAGAGCAAGAGUUUGGCGGCAAUAUUCUAGGACCUAGCCGAAAUCUACCGAUAGUCUUACAUCCACUUCCACGUGUUGAUGAAAUUAGCACGGAAUUAGAUCAUGAUGAUCGUGCAGCAUAUUUCCGUCAAGCAAAAAAUGGAAUGUUUGUUCGUAUGGCCAUAUUGGCUAUGUUGUUAGGAAAAGCACCAAUCUAG